AAGUGAGAGAAGCUUCAUACCCUCUCUACAGCAGGUGGCAGCAUCACCGUUCACUGGGUCAGGGACGCACUCCGCUCCUUCUUGUGUUGAUAAACUGUUGCUAGGGAACCAAUGUGACGAGAUGACUGAGUUGCACCAGGCAGCAGCAGCGGGGAGUUUCGACCAAGUUGAGGAGAUUCUCCGGCAAAAUAGAUGCGACCCAAAUCAGAAGGACAUCGACUGGAACUCCAAGACGCCUCUCCACUGGGCAGCAGCUAAAGAUCACUCUGUGAUGCCUUUCCCAGGACAUGCAGAAAUAGUGAGGAUCCUGAUUGAGCAUGGAGCCAGGCCGUGUCUGAUGACAGAGCAUGGAUGGACGGCUGCACACUUGGCUGCAGAGUCCGGUCGGCUGGCUGUGCUGCGGCUGCUUCACUCGCUCCAUGCUCCUAUAGACAAGGAGGACUUCUGUGGAGACAAACCAGUACGCAUAGCAGAAAUAUACGGACACCAGGACUGUGUUGGAUACCUUAAAAAAGCAGAAACUGAGUGUCAGGCCUACCGCAAGAUGGCCGCCCAAAAAGGUAUUAUUCUGGAUGACACAGAUGAGGAGUGGGGAGAACACGGCAAAGAAAAAGAAGAAAGCAGGAUCUCUCAAAGCAACACUCGGACACAGGCUUAGCUUCUCUACACAACAAAGCCUUCAGCUUUUUACUCUACAGCAUUUCUGUUACAUUGCAUUGAUAAUUAUUUGAAACGUGUCAUAAACAGUAUUACUUUUACCACACUUUU